GGAGGAGCAAGGUGAAGUCAUUGCGAUGCUCGAGAAGUUGAAGGAGAGGAAACAACAACAGCUCGCCAAGUUCUCCGCAGACGUUGAUGCCAUCACCAAGGCCACGACACAGAUGAGGAUGGAGGUUGACUCCACUGCAUCGACCCCUGCUGUGUGAGGAUAUGGUCUUUGUGGCCUCGUCCGAGGUUCACGGGCGACUAGAGGUCAUGCUCCAUCGACGAAGCAGUCAAGAUCAUAACCGUUUCGUCAGCCGCAAGCUCACUUUCCGCCCCUCUUUCAACCCUCUUCCCGAAACAUAGGCUGCGCUGUACCCACCAGGGCUGGUCCUUCGCCGUCCACUACUUCCCAGCAUGCGCAGGCGUAUUCCCGUUGUGCCUUUCCUAGGCCCACUUCCUCUGCUUCUGACCUUGGCUUACCGGGUGCAAGCUGGUGGCGUCACUUGGGUUAGUCCCUCCGCAGGGGUUACGUACAAGUCCGGCGACACUAUUGUCGGACAAUGGACUGCAGAUGGAUCGUUUUCCUCGCCUUCGUUCAGCUUGUGUACCUCCGGGUCCGACAACAGCAAUACACCUUCCGCAAAUUGUGGAAGUGCUGUGUGGCCAAUCAUCGAGAAGAAUGGUGAUGCUAGUCUGAUCCACCUGUCUCUUCCGACCACCACCUCUGCUGGGACCUACUAUCUUCAAAUGCUUGACCCGGACUCGGGCGGGAGUGCUAGCUCUCCGACAUUCUCGCUGAACUCGGGAUCUCUGGUUCCCGUAUCUUCUGCCCGCUUUCCUGUCGACGUUCCUGCGACCGUCGUUCCCCAGUCCGCGCCGCACCAGUCCUCCGUGUCAUCGUCAAUCCAGCCUCUUCCGGACUACAAUGAUGUUUCCAGACCAACUCCAACAGCUGCCUAUGCUGUCCCGCUCUCAUUGGUGGGCGUCGUACUUGUCGUUGCAGGCGCGCUCGGAGUGCAUCACAGGCGCAAACUACGGCAGGAGCUCUCACAGGGGCCUAGGAAGCCAGGCAGACCUUCCUGCGCCCGAGCCUCGGGCAGUUAUACCCGCUUCCCUGAACGGCGCCCCAGAGGAUACGAAAGCAGUGUUGGGUCGCGAGCGUCCACACCGACUGCCAGCGUGGCUGAGUCGUAUAACGGCUCGAAGCAUUACGAAGACGACAAGCGUACCGUGGAGGAUGAGCGGAGGUCGCUUUACUCCGUCGCUUCGCUCAAGAGGCAGCCUGUCGUGCGACGCAUGACGCGGGAGCCGUUCCAUCGCGAGUCACAACCGACAAGCGGUACCUAUGGACGCAGACGGGCGGGAAGGAUGGCUGCGGGGGCGUUCCGGGCUGGGGUGUCGCCUAUACCUCCCACGCUCUCGAGGUUCUCCUCUGCAAGGUCAGACGCGAGCACUAUUAGGAGGGAGAAGGCCAAGGCGAGAUUGGAACGAUCCGAUCAGGACGUGGACGAUGGUUUGGAUGCUGUUGUGAAUCGUUAUUUCCAUCCGUCACCGGUGCCGCCACCGCUCUCGCCUCGCCUGUCGCCGCCGGGCAGACUGCAUACCCGACGCAGCGCAGUGGAGUAUGCUGGGCUAGGAUAUGACAAGCCCUUACCGAAGUGUCCAAGGCAGCUGUAUGAUGAGGUUGCGCGUCGUGUGUCGGGGCAGGAGUUCACGCGUAGGAGAACCUCGGGACGUCGGUGAAGGCUUGUGGUACACUCAUAUCAUUGAUGUUAUUACGAUUUUCUUGAUCAGCUACCCUUUUUGUCUCCGUUCUCUGUGAACCUCAUAUUAAUGCACCCAUAACUUUCCUACUCAUGGAAGAAUUCACUCAGGGGACCGGGUCAAUACAAAUC